AUGCCGUCCUCCAAGGACUCGGAAUCUCCGGAUUCGUCAAGAGCAUCUUCAUCAUGCUCAUUUCGCUCAGACUACGAUACAGCCGCGGUCAGAAGAAAGUGGAAUCUGCCUAGAAGACGUUCAAGAAGUCGAUCUUUGACUCGCGAAGAAAUCGACGACAUUAUCAACAGCGACUUCCAGACCGACUACACUUAUGCUGACAGUAUCUCCUAUCGUAAAGAUGGCACUACAGACUACGUGCAUCCUCGAAUGCAUCGACCACGGAUGAGAAUCGGCUUUUCCGGAGACAACUACAAUAGCUCCAGGUUCUCGAUGAAUCAGAAUAAACCGGUUUACAUCUGGGGAAAGAAGGAGUCGACCGGUCAAAAGGUUUUGAACGGGAUUUACAACGCUUUUCUGAGUGUAAUCAAGACUUGGAUGUAUGUGUUUGCAUUUUUGUGGUACUGCACGAAGAGAGGGUUUAGAUAUGUUAGUGCUGUUUUGUGGCCAACAUUGUUUGCACCAAUUUACGCGCUUUAUCACACUUAUACUAAAGGAAAAAGGGUAAGAUCAAGGGGUUUUUGGGCUAUUUUUGAUGGUUUUUGAACAGUUUUUGUUUUUUUGAAACUUUCUUAAAGUUUUUAUAAUACCAAGCUACAGUUUGAAGUCAAGAGACUGUUUUUAAUAGUUUAUAUUUUUUUAGACAUACAGAGCGGCUCGUUUUGCCUAUUCUGAUGGAUUAUUGGCUAGAACUUACGCGUUUAUCAAGGACUUUGCUGGAUAUUUCUACAACAAGCUUUCGAAGCCUGUUGUGGGUCUGAAAGUUGAUGAAAGGUAUUUUAAUUUUUUAAAUAAUUUGUUACCUAAUUUUUGAUUUUUUUAAAAAUUUUAUUUAAAAAAUUUAAAAAAAACGUUUUUGCUAAUAACUUUCAUUACAGAGCUCCAUUGGUAUCUCCAAUUCGUUCCACAGAUUCUCCACGCUUAACUCGUCGUUCUGUAGCUCUGAACCGUGCCACGCCGCCAGUUACCGUCUCCACUCCUCGUGGUUACGCCGAAGAAUCGUUCGCCGAACCUAUCGUGCAAUCAGCAGAAUCCGCCUUUACUAAAGUCAAGAACGGACUGAAGUUGGUCUACGAUUAUGUUACUCUUGCUCUCUAUGUGGUCUCAGGAUGGACUUUGGGCCGUUUUCAUGUUGAUCAAGGCAAGCUGAGAAGAGGAAGACCACCAAAGAAGGUCGGCAUUUGGGAGAAUGUGAAGAAGAAUGGCAGAGAUUUGGGUAACAAGGCUUGGAAAAGUGGAAAAGAUUUGAGUGACAAGGCCUGGGUUGGUGGUAAGAAGAUUGGUGGCAAUGUCUGGGAGGCAUCGAAUGCUGUUGGUACUGAAUUGGUCAGGUUUGUGGUUGGAGAAAAGGAAGAAGUCGGAGGUGCUGGGGAUCGAAAAGUGUAAGUUUUAAGGGAAAAUGGUUUAUAUUAGAAGGAAAUUGUUUAUAUUGGGGUCAUUUUAAAGGUUAUAUAUUAAAUUUUAGGGUUAUUUUAAGGGAAAUAUGAAUAAAAUUGUGACUUCUGGGCUUUCAAAGGUUAAUUUAGUGUGGAUUUCAGGAAAUACGAAAAGAACUACCUUCCAUUAGUCUUCUUGCUUCUGCUCUUGAUACCCUUUGCUUUCUACAGCUACGACAACGUUGCUAACAAGAAGAGGGGUAGGUUUAGUAUACUUUAUAUAGAGAUUUUUGAGUAAUAUAAUAAAAAUGGUGUUUGAGAAGGUGUUGCAGUAGCUACUACAAUAUCUUCUCAAACAUGUGGCAGAUUUAAAUUUUUUUAAAUUUGAUUUUAAAUUUUGAAGUUAAGAAACAUAAACUUUGCAUUUGUAAAGCCAAAAAACUUUUUUAUCAUUGUAGGAGUGAUCAAAGCCUUAAGACAGGAUACAGCUGAUGUUGUUGAAGCUUUCACUUACUAUUUGCCACCUCUACCUACUGUGCCUUCUCUUCAAGAAGUCAGGGAACGGUCAUACAAUAAACUGGCGGCUGGUGGAAACUAUGUUAAAGGUAAGGCGUUUUAUAAAUGUUUUAGUGAUGGCUGGGGUAUAAUUGGAAUUUUAAGAAAGUCAAUGUGAAUGUAGAUUCUCUAAAGCUAAAUAUUUUAAAAAUUACAAAAUAUGGUACAUCUCGGCGCAUCUGGUUACGAUGUAAUGAGGCUUGGGAAAGAGGAGGGGCAGUUAUGUUCAGAAUGUGAUAUUGGAGCCGGCCUAACUGUCAUUUUUUGUUGUAGUUUUGUUAAAAAUGGCUUGAAAUUUUAAAAAUUACGUAUUUUAGGUGGAGUAACAGCGAUCGGUCAAAAAGCACGUAAUGCGGUCUACAGUGUCUACUAUUACGUUCCAUCAGUACAAUCUUUCCAAGGAAUUAAACAAGGAACGCUAGACACGGUGUACGGCACUGGAGCAUAUAUUAAAGGUAAGAACUAAUAUUACAGAGAAAGAAAAAGACGAUUUUGUAGUGUUCUUGUGUAUUUUUUUUUGAAAAAUGGUAAUAAAGUUAUAUUUUUGUAGGUAUCUUUGUUUACGUUGGACAAAAGGCAUCAGAUGGUGUAAAUGCUGUCGUAUACUACAUUCCAUCUGCCUCAUCAGUACCAUCUUUCCAAGACAUUAAGAAACGUACUGGAGAUUCGAUUUAUGCUGCUGGAGACUUUGUCAGAGGUAAGGACUUGGUAUUUUAACGUUUUACGCCAUGAAAAAGUUUGAUUUUGAGGUGGUAUGAACAAUUUUCGAUGUUUUUUGAACGAAUAAGACGAAAAACUGGAGAUCUUUGCUUGAUUUAGAUGUUGUUCUAGUUAGAAAUGAAAAAUUCUCAAUUUGAAAUUUUCAGGCGUCUACUAUACGAUUUACCGAAAGUUCGCAGAUGGUGUUGGAGCCGUCUACUACUAUGUGCCUUCACUGCCUAGCGUUCCAUCGUUCCAAGACAUUAAGAAACGCACUACAGACUCGGUUUAUGCUACUGGAAACUUUGUUAGUGAAAAAGCAUCUAAUGCUGUCUACAGUGUUGUCUAUUACAUUCCAUCCUUACCAUCAUUCGAAGGCAUUAAACAAGGAACUGUUAACACUGUUUCUGCUACUGGAGAUUAUGUUAAAGGUAAAACAAUUUUUUAUUGGAUUUUUUUUAUAAUAAUUUUUGGAAAGUUUUUUAAAAAUUUUGGAAAAUUAGCAGUUUUCUCUUGAGAUCAGAAAGACGGAGGCUUAAGGCUAACUUAUUCCUGCUAAUAUUUAAGGUUAUUUUGUUUGCAGGAGGACUCACAUCGUUACAACAACGUUCUGUAAAUGCUGUUCAAGCCGUCACUUAUUAUUUACCUUCUCUACCAACUGUGCCAUCACUUCAAGACGUUAGAGAACGAUCCUACAACACAUUGGCAGCUGGUGGUAAAUUACUGGUUUUUAGCGGUGGGCGGGUUAAAAUUGAUAUUUUUAAGAAUAGCUAAGGUGGUUUUAUACUUGUUUUGGGUAGAAGAAGCAAUUUGUACCUAUAUCACAAGCAAAGACUUGAGUUAUAGGUAUUUGUUGAUCUUAAAGAGGUGAAUGAAGGAUUUGUUUUGAAAGAUGUUAAAGGAAAGGACAUAUUUUUGGUAUUGUAAUGAGUAAUAUGGUAAUUUUUGUGUAACUUUUAUUUUGGUUUCAGGUGGAGUAAGAGCGGUCGGUGAAAAGGCAAGCAAUGCAGUCUACAAUGUUGUAUAUUACAUUCCAUCGUUACCAUCUUUCGAAGGAAUUAAACAAGGAACUGUGAACGCUGUUACAGCUACUGGAGCUUAUGUUAAAGGUAGGAAUUCAUUUUUGGAUUUUUAAAAAUAAUUUGUUAUGGAAAUUUUGACAAAUUUUGACUUUAAUUACAUUGUUGUAGGUAUCUUUGUGUACGUUGGGCAAAAAGCAUCAGAUGGCGUAACUGCUGUCGUAUACUACAUUCCAUCUGCUCCAUCAGUACCUUCUUUCCAAGACAUUAAGCAACGUACUGGAGAUUCUAUUUAUGCUGCUGGAGGCUUUUUCAAAGGUAAUAGCUGUUAUAUUUUUAUGGCGUUUGGGAGUGGAGCACGGAAUUAUUUGAAAAGUCUUUUUUGUAGAAAAUUAGGAUUUUUUUUGUUUUGAAAUGAUAAAAAUCACGUUGUUUUUGAUUUUUAGACGUUUACAUAACGAUUUACCAGAAGAUUGCCGGUGGCGUUGCAGCGGUCGUCUACUACGUUCCUUCUCUGCCCAACGUUCCAUCUAUCCAGGACAUUAAGCAACGUUCUUUGGACACGGUUUAUGCUGGUGGAGAUUUUGUCAAAGGUAAUUUGUUUAUUAUCGACACAAGUCUUGGUUUUGAUCAACCUUUUAGUUUUUUUACAAUUUUAAUUUUACAGCUUAUUAUAAAUUGGCAUUUUUUGUUGUUUUAGGAGCUUUUGGAUCUCUCCGUCCAAGCUCAAGCCCAGUCAUACCCAACACUGAAGAAUUGGAAGCAUUGAAAGCCGAACUGAGGAAUGCUAUUCAGGAUAUCAACGCUAAGAAGAAUGUCAUCACGGUAAGGGAUGGGAAAGUGCAUUUUUUGUUUAAAAAAUUGAUGUUAAUAUAGGUUUUUUGUUUAGUGAGGGGUCGAAAUUGCAAUGAUUUUGAAGUUUUCAAAUUUGCAUGCCAACGUUAAGAUCUACAUUAACAUACGGCUUAUUAAAAUAACUUUUUUUCAGCCUGAUGAACUUUACAAGCAGCAUGAAACUUCGGAAGACAGCUACAUGGAAAGUGUCCGCCUCCUGAUCAAAGAAUACAUUGGCCGCUACGACGCGGACAAGACCGGCCUUCCAGACUACGCUCUCGAAUCGUCUGGCGGAUCAAUCAUUGGCAUAGGUUGUACUCAACAAUACCAAGAGAAGUCUCGUCUCCAGUCAAUCUUUGGCUACCCAUUGUACUACAGUAACUACGGCCCACGUACUGUAAUCCAACGCAAAGGAAACGGUGCUACCGCCGGCAUUUGCUGGGCUUAUGUAGGAGGAAAAGGACAGUUGAAGAUCAAGCUAAGCCAACCAAUCAAUGUCACUUCAGUGUCAUAUGAACAUCUACCGAUAGCGUUGGCUCCAGAUGGAGAAAUCAAGACUGCGCCUAAGGAGUUCAACGUUUGGGUAAGGGGGUUUGUUAGAAAAAGAGGUUAAUAUGCUGUUAGAGUAGGGGUUUUUGUGGUUUUUUGCCUUUUUUAUUGUGUUUUGCCUAUUAUGACUAAAUUCUUGUUUAUGAAUUUAGUUUUUGCUGUUAUUGUAUUCAAGUCUUAAUAUUUUGUAUUUUCAGGGCUACAAAGACGACACUGUGAAGGAGAAGCACCUAUUGGGCACGUACGUCUACGAUAAGAACGGCGAAUCUCUCCAAAUGUUCGACACCCAAUUCCCAAUCACAUCACACCUGACUCACGUCAUCGAACUGGAAACAGAAUCGAAUCACGGCGCCGACGUGACCUGUCUUUACAGAUUCCGGGUUCAUGGAAAACCAAAGGAACCGGCUGCUUAA